CGGUGGAUACCCUGCUGUCACGGUUGCAAGGUACAGGUUGCCAAGUCAUUGCUACGCGGAUGAUCUUGCCCUGACGGCAAUUGGUAAGCACCCCCAAGUUCUAUGUGACUUAGUUACUUACGCGUCGUGGAUGCCUGGUACAAAGAAGUAGGACUUAGUGACAAUCCGGCAAAAACGGCCAUGGUUCUGUUUUCAAAGAAAACGAAAGCUGUCCGGCUACAACCUCCUUCCUUGAACGGUAUCGCACUGACUUUCUCGGAGGAGGUUAGAUAUCUGGGCGUUAUUCUUGACAGAAAGUUAACUUAGCGGCGCAAUAUAGAAGAGCGCUGCAAGAAAUCUAUAACUGCUAUGAAUGCCUGUGAAUCGGCGAUUGGGAAAAAUGGGGAUUGAAGCCUCACAUUGUGAACUGGAUGUACAUAGCCGUUGUGCGUCCAAUUCUAUUCUACGGCAUAACGGUUUGGUGGCCGUCCGUAGAUAAAUCUACAAUAAGAAACAAAUUAACAGCGGUCCAAAGGGUGGCGUGCAUGAUGAUCACGGGAGCGUUACCAUCGACGCCGACUAAAGCCCUAGAGACCUUGCUUCACUUGCUACCUGCGGACCUAUAUGGUAAACUACAGGCAAGCUGUAAUGCUAUUAGAUUAAAUGCACUAAUCAAAUCGAGUGACACGAGGUUUGGGCACUCUAGAAUUUUGGAAGAUCAUCCAGAGGACUUUAGGCGCCAGGACUACACAGUCCCACCUACGGGACUAAAGAAUCACUUUCAGACAAGGUUCCCCUCAAGGGAAGAGUGGGAGGAGCAUUCGGUCCUGAUCUCGUAUUCUGACUCAACGGCCAUCUACACUGAUGGCUCUAAGCUGCAUCUGAAGAUCUAUGCAGCGUUUUUCAGGCUGAACAGCAAUAAAUUAAAGAUAGCAAGACAAAUCUGGCCUAAGCUGGACAAGCGUAGAUCUCGCCCUCUACCCCACUUGAAGCGACCACUGUUGCGGCAUGUUAUUGGAGUUCUCACCGGGCAUUGCCUGAUGGGAAUCUAAGCCAUUAGAAUGGGUUUGCAGUCAAACGACUACUGUCCUAGCUGCCUCGAUGAGGAGGAAAUCGAGAGCGUGGAGCACUGCUUAUGCCACUGUCCUGCUCUGGCGGGAGCUCGUCGAUGCUCAUUCCUCCAUUAUUCUUUUGAAUGUCUGGCCGAACUGGAUUCAGCCAGUGUCUAUGACGUUGUGCGCUUCAGUAGAGCUACGAAGUGGUUCCAUUACUAUGUUAAGAGGAGGGACAUAUGGAGUCUCUAAUACGGCAUCACAACGGGCCCAUGGUGGCCAAACUGUUGUCACAUACCGAGAAAAUUAUCAGAAAAACUUAACGGAAACAAAAUC